CAGCGUUUCAGGCCCAGUGCAAGGCCCACGCUUGCACGCUGCUGAGUCACCAAAGCUGCCGCCCAUCUUCCUUCCCUUUCGAAAUCAGCAUGUCAGAGCAGGACAUGACCUCUGACGUUUUGCAGUACCUAUUACCUAGUAUUACUAUGAGGGUUGGAUCAAUUUUUGAGAGGGUGCGAAAGCCCCUUGUUUAGCAGCAUUUCGUCAAUCUGAGCUGUAGACGGUGGUGGCACCGCACGGGCACCGCUCGCGUCGCUGGUCAAUUGCGAUCCAUCGCUAGCAUUCCAGGAAUAUUAUCUUGUUAAGUCAGAGUUGCACGCAGAAUUCAAUUGGAUUCUUUACAGGCAAGGAAAGGAGACGUUGGCGCUAGAAGUGUACAGUAGCCUUCGAAAUGGCACUUUUUGCUGUACACCAGGCGUGCUCGAGUUGCCCAAUAAUGUCACAGAUUCUCGGCCGAGGAAGUCAGGCUAUGCAGAAACCGACUCUGCAGAGCUCCCCGUGCCGAUUUGUCAACCUGCGCCGAUUGAUACCCCCAGAUCUAUGCAUGCGGAGGCCCAGGAUCCCUCAACCUGCGAGCGCCAGCUUAAGAUGUCAAAGUUUAUCUCAUCAAACUAGCCCGGCAAGGAUGAAAGGCACUCAAUUGCCUCUGAAUCCGACUACUAGGCACCGUACGCUUGCAUCAUCCAGAAACCUAUCCUCCGCAUCACAAAUCGGUGCAAGUGCAGGAUGCUUGAAACAGACCGUCAAAACCCCGUCAAAACACCUCUUACAGUGCGCACAGUUGCCUGCUCCCCGGCUGACACUAGCUCGCGCUGCAGAAAGUAGACCCCUUUUUGGUUCUCGGCAAUGUAAGCUUGGCUACCAGAAGCGCCGGCGGUUAUCUGUGGUUACAGCAGCGAAAUGGUGGAAGAAGUGGUCCCGAAGACAAGACAGCGAUCUGCACAAGGAUCGGCCGCCCGGGCUUCCGCUGACCAUGAAAGACAUAGAGCCGCUGCCGCCAGAGGAGUUGGAGGCGCGAUUGAACUGCGACGUGGAGAUGCAGGCUUGCAAAAAGCCGUUGUUCUCAUAUACUGGUGAAUGUAAGCGGUGUCAAGGUACGGGGGUCGUGAGCUUCUACCGGAAGAACGGAAAGGAGGUCAUUAGCAGCUGCAUCACUUGCCAAGGUGUAGGAUACGUCCAGCGCAUCACAGCUCGGGAACAUGCUAUCACGUUUGAGGAUCUUGAGAAGCCAGAUCGAUAACCUAAACGGCACUCAAUCUGAUCGAGCUAGGCAAACAGACGAGUACCGUCCAUCAUUUGCACAGAUAGUUGCUGGCAGCCUCGGCAGGAUUCAUCAUAAAACCAAGAUUCGUAGGACUCAUUCUUUCAAGGCAUAGAGUUGCUCACGUGAGCACAUGCGCCUCUGCCAGCUUUCUUUCCGCAUCCGACCGCGAAAUUAUCAUGAGGAUUGUCAGCGCACCGGCUUGUUAAAUCUUGUAACGUUCAGCG